GAUCUCAUGUGGGGUUUCGCUCCGUGGAUCUGCUUUACUGGGGCACGCAUAAUGCAAAGAAAACAACCAUUUACAAGCACGCAGGCUGCCACGUUCCCCCGGGCAAAAAGAGAGUAGUGCCAAAGACAUCUGAAGACCGAGUGGAUUUCCACAAGUCUCUAGAAAAAACAGGUCAUCUGGUGUCUAAUUCACUGAGUGAUGUCUAAGACGAUCAUCACAAAAGCCAUGUAUUGACUCAAAUCUUUGAUUUCUAUGCUAUAGCUAUUCAACUGUGUCCAUGGCAGGACAUUGGGGAUGUUAGAAUGUUACAGAAUUUAGCUUCUUAGUAGCAUCGAAUCUCAGCUUGGAGCUUAUCUUCAGGGGCUCCCUUGGCAUUUUCUUAAUGGAGCAGACUCACAGCAUGGCAUAAUAUAGAUUAUUUUCUUCUAUUAUUAGUCUCAGAAAGCCUCUUUUUUAAUAAUACAUUCACUGCUGCCGUUUUAUUGGAUCAUACGUUGCAAACUUGCAGAUGACGAGUACUUUGAGGGUUUUGCUUCUUGACAUUCUGCUGAAAUUCUGACCUCUGGCUGCCUGCGUUUGGCAGGUCUGAAGGUGGAUGAGCAUAUUUGGGGGCAAAGGAUGAAGGCCUGGCCAACAGUGGCCGGGAUCUUCCUGCUGGUCUGUGGACAGCUGAAAACCGUUCAGCCGCGGGACUUCUCCAUGAAAGACAUCAUUCUGCUGCAUCCUUCAACCACGCCCCACCCUGGUGGCUUCAAGUGCUUCACCUGUGAAGAUGCACCAGACAACUACCAGUGCAACCGAUGGGCUCCAGAUGUUUUCUGUCCCAAAGGCACAAAGUACUGCUACACGCUCCACAUGAUGGACGACAAUGGAAGUAGUGUGUCUGUAACCAAGCGCUGUGCCACCUUGGAGAACUGUCAGCUCACCGGUUGUGUAAACGUCACCCGUACUGGUUACCAGAUGUGCACGUCCUGCUGCGAGGGGAAUAUCUGCAACAUAAUGGUGCCGAGAAAUGACAGCAGCGCCAUUUUCUCCUCCACCUCUCCGCUGGUCAGCUCAGGCAGAGGCCUUCAUCCUGCAGGACUGAUCUUCUUCAUCAUCGUCGCCUGGACCUGUCUCCACUAGACGUGCUUGACUGGAUCUACAAUUCAGCGUUCAGGGAAAUAGACACAUGGAUGGACAAAGCCUUCAGUCUGCUUUCUUUGUGGAAAACCAGAAAACAAGAUCAGAGGUUCAGAAAUUUGCAGAUGGAACUCCUUCAUGUCUGCAGCACUUUGGAGUCUCUACCCAAAAGCUCUCAGUCACAGGGACACUCUACCACUUGGCCACCAAGUCAGUAAUGUCCAGAUAAAGACGUCUUGGAGUCCAAAACUUUGCCUUGCACGUGUAUUCAGCCCUGUGUUUCCAAUUUUUAGGAAUCUUCAGCAGCACUUUCUCGGUUUCAGCAAAGAAAAAAAAAAGUUCUUUCACACUUUGCUCCAGUAGUUUGGGACAUUUCAUCUUAAAUCUCCCUUUUAAAAUGUGGUUUUCUCUUGUAUCAACACCAAAAAGGCUGAAGGUGAGAUAUAUAUACCUGUAGAAAUCUCCAUUCCGACAUGAAAAAUGUUCGUUUCCUUAAGGAGAACAGCUACAUUUAGAGUUUACCUUCGAAUUAACCAGAGCAGCACUCGUGGGAGCGGGUCGCUGGGAGACACGCCCACAUAAGGAGAGAUCAAACCACUGGAAGUCCCUCCUAGAAACAGCAUAUGAAACCACUGAACUCAUACUGAAAGAUAUGUUAUGAACUCUCAUUUGUCAAAUUUCCAUCCAUCUUCAGAGCCUGGUGAACCCCUUUUGGAGUUACCGGAGCCUAUCCCAGCCCCAAAGCGGGCUAUACCCUGAACAGGUCACCAGGUUAAAUUUAGGGUCACCAAUUAACCUAUGAAGCAUUUUUCCUCACUGGAAUGGAACCAGUGAGAGCGCUGUCAAAUUUCACUCUAAAAUCAAAUUUGUCCCUUUUUUUUUUUUUACUGAAGUCAACAUGGGUGGGGCUUUCCAUUUUCACAUUUACGAUUUGUUUUUUGUACAAUAAAAACUAGCAGGACUUGUGUUUUCUAUGUUAAAAACCAUAAGAAAUUACUUUAAAUUUUAUUUUUUUGGUUACAUGAAUAUUGUGCUUCAAAUUCUGUUUGCUUAACAGAAAAAUAAGACUUAUUUCAGAAUUUUUCUAAGAUGUUCUCCUGUAUGUUCUAAAACUACUGCUAAUCAAAUAUAAAUACGAUGAUGUUUCUACCCAAAACUCACUUGGAUAUGAUCUGUAACCCUUGUGCUAUCCUAGGCACUUUACCAUUGGGAGUUGGGUCAUCUAGACCCACUAGACAGUGCU